AUGUUAACAAAUACCUUCCCAAUUCGGAGCAGUUCCCUUCGCCGGCUGACACUUAAGGAGUUGCUCUCUCUGGGUCCGAUCCCCAGUGAGAAACAGUUGCUAGACGGUGCCAACUAUUUGCAGAAAGAGCUCCCCAGACGACUUGCCGCCCGUAUCAUGGACAUACAGAAUCUGCCAUACAUAGUGGGCUGUAACGAACAUAUAUACAAGAUAUAUCUGCUGUAUCUCAACGCGUUCGAUGACUUUAGCCAACAAGACCCAGUCACCAACGCAACCGAUGAAGCACGAUAUAUGAAACGCAUUCGCGAGCAUCUGAGCAGACAUAGCGAUGUCUUACCUACACUGGCCCUGGCCGCCCCAGAAAUCGCACCAUAUAUGACUGCCGAGGAACUGAAG